UACACGCACACCUCCUACGCAGCCUCCUUUCUGCAUCCCAUCUCCAGGCAGCGACCUCCCAGCACUGAGAGAGACCCAGAUAGCAGCAUCAUUCUGUCAAGAGGAUACAGCCAAAGACGAAAACGAAAAGAGAAACAUGGCGCUCAUUCCUUCCCAGGUUUUAAGGGUAGCGAUUCUCCUGUCGUAUUUCUCCAUCCUCUGCAAUUAUAAAGCAAUUGACAUGCCCGCUCAUCAAACUUACGGCGGUAGCUGGAAGUUUUUAACAUUCAUAGAUCUGGUCAUCCAGGCAGUCUUCUUCGGCGUGUGCGUGCUGACGGACCUGUCCAGCCUGCUGACCAAGGGCAGCGAGAGCCAGGAGCAGGAGAGGCAGCUGAGGAAGCUCAUUGGCCUGCGGGACUGGAUGAUGGCCGUCCUGGCCUUCCCCGUGGGAGUGUUCGUGGUGACCAUGUUUUGGGCCCUCUACCUCUACGACAGAGACCUGGUUUACCCAAGACUACUGGACAACUUCAUACCACAGUGGCUAAACCAUGGAAUGCAUACCACAGUGCUCCCCUUCAUCUUGAUUGAGAUGAGAACGACACACCACCAGUAUCCCAGCAGGCUCUGUGGACUGCUAGCGGUGUGCACCUUUGCAGUGGGAUAUGUUCUAUGGAUGUGCUGGGUGCAUCACGUGACCGGGGUGUGGGUGUACCCGCUGCUGGAGCACAUCGGCCCCGCCGCCAGGGUCGUCUUCUUCUCCUCCCUGACCGCCCUGAUCAACGUCUACUACGUCCUGGGGGAAAUACUCAACAGCUACAUCUGGGACUCCUCCAAAUGUGUUCAGGACUCGGACAAACCCAAAGCAGAUUGAAACCCAGAACAGAGGAGGAAGUGUCCGCUUGCUGCGCAGAGCUCUCAGUACAAACUCGGCACUCGUGAAGCCACAAAGAGAAGCUUGAUCCAGGACUUGAGAAAACAAAUCUCCCAUAAAUAACUGGGAGAAUAAUGAUUUUUAUUUAAUUUUUUUUUUUAAGAACCUAAGCACUGCUUUACCUGCAGAACUCCAGGUUGGAUUUCUAGGCUGUAACCCAGAACUUCUGAAAGCCUGAAACAUCACUGAGAAAUGAAUGCAAACUCUCAAUCGACGACGCAGGAAUACACUUAUCGCUAAGGCAAAAGUCUAGAAAUUCAAGGAUUAUUCUUACACUCUGAAGUCCCAGCUAUGGUUUUACAGCCUAAUUUCUCAUAUCUUUUAUGUUAAAUAAAUUGUAUUUUUUUCUAGGGGAAAGAUGUUUAUCUUAAGUUGCUUACAAGUAGAAGUAGCCAAGGCUUUCUGUCAGUUUAUUCUUUUUUUCUGCCUGCCCUGGAAAGAUUUUCCUCAAAGCUGUUUCCUCUCACAGGAAGAUCAAUAGCAGCCCUUUUCAUGGUUAGAUAGUGCUCUUAGCAGCUGUACUCCGGAAUGCAGUUUAUUCUAGAACAUUCUAUAACAGCCAGACUGUGGGAGUAGUUGUCCACUCGAUGCGGCUUUAUCGUGUUAUGUUUCUGCAUAAAUUACAGUGUUCGAUUUCCAUAGUUUGACUGCUGAGGUCCUAAUGUAUGGUCUUCCAAUAAAAAAGGUGUUGAGUUAUGUACAUUCAGGUAAGAGAUGAGUAAUCAGACAAUCAGACAGGCUGAGAGUGAUUGGACUUUCAUUAGAGGCUUUUCCUUAAGGGUAGCCAGAGAUGGUGUCUGAGAAAUGAACCAUUAUUAACCAUUAGUUUUAAGACAGUUUCGAAUUUGGAGUCUGAUGAUAAAGAGGUCUUCUUGAAGAAAUCAGUGAGCAUUCGGGGAAUGUCUCCAUGGGUACAGUGUUCGGUUGGAUGCGACAAGCACACACCAGGUAAAUGUCCUCAUGAAGCUCUAUAUAAAUAAUGGUCGAGGCAAAAAAAACUGGUUCAUUUGUGUAUUCUUUCAUAGAACAACCCUAGAACAACCCUUUCAUGUUGACCUCUCCCAUGCACAAAGAGAGAAAGUGGGUGGAUCUCCAUGGACCCCAGUCGUUAACUGCGCUAACCCCCAGCGCAGCCUCUAGCCAAGAUCUUGCAGACUUGAGCCUGGGCAGGCAGGCGAGACUGGGUGUGGCAGGACACAGUUUGUUUCACGAUGCCCGUGGCUGGGUGGGUAGGGUGGGUGAAGUCAGCAAAAGCUCCCCGACUUUCUGCUUUAUUAACUCCACACAAAAACAGGGAAGGUGCACAGAGGGUCCCCGCAGUAAUUAAGAGGGCCAUACAGCUCUCCUCCAAUGAGCGCAGGUUCUCCUGUAGCACAGUGUGGCCAGCUGUGCGAGAGAAUAGUCACAGGCUCACGGCGAACGCAACGCGGAGAGCUUUUUGUGCGGGUGCUGGCGGCCAGGCGGUGACCCAACCGUCCUUUCAAAAAUGGAGGGAAAAAUACAUCUAAAUUUUUGAAGGAAAAAAAUUUAGAGUUUUUUUUAAAAAGAGAGAAAGAACAAGAAAGGCUGUGUUGUCGGGGUUUCACCACAGCUACCGCCUCUAUUCCUCCAGCUCAACAGGGUCUCCCAGGGGUGGGAGGGGCAGCUUUGAAUUAAAAAGAAAAAUCACUCCCCUCUUGA